UCCUUGGCUGUAGUGUGUGGGCUGGGGUUGGUGCGGGCUCCUGUCUGGGCUGCACUUUGUCCGCAGUUCUGCUCCGGGGGCUUUUGUGUCCGGCUUUGGCUUCGCUUUCUGUGUGUGAGUUUUGUUUUUGUUUUGUGUUUUUUUUUCGCUGUGCACGCGGCUCCCCGGCGGAAGCCGUGAGGCUCGGAGGCGGCAGCGCCCCCCCGCUCAGGCAAGGAGCGAGCGCGCCGGCGUGAGCGCGGGUGUGACGGCUGCGGGGAAGGGGAUUCGCCGCCGAGAUGCCGGAGUUCCUGGAAGACCCCUCGGUCCUGACGAAGGAGAAGUUGAAGAGUGAGUUGGUGGCCAACAACGUGACGCUCCCGGCGGGGGAGCAGCGCAAGGACGUGUACGUGCAGCUCUACCUGCAGCACCUCACGGCGCGCAACCGGCCGCCGCUCGCCGCCGGCGCCAACAGCAAGGGGCCCCCGGACUUCUCCAGCGACGAGGAGCGCGAGCCCACCCCGGUCCUCGGCGCCGGGGCCGCCGCCGCGGGCCGCAGCCGAGCCGCCGUCGGCAGGAAAGCCACAAAGAAAACUGAUAAACCCAGACUAGAAGAUAAAGAUGAUUUAGAUGUAACAGAGCUCACUAAUGAAGAUCUUCUGGAUCAGCUUGUGAAAUAUGGGGUGAAUCCUGGCCCUAUUGUGGGAACAACUAGGAAGCUGUAUGAGAAAAAGCUGUUGAAACUGAGGGAACAAGGAACAGAAUCAAGAUCUUCUACUCCUUUGCCAACAAUUUCUUCUUCAGAAAAUACAAGACAGAAUGGAAGUAAUGACUCUGACAGAUACAGUGACAACGAGGAAGGAAAGAAGAAAGAACACGAGAAAGUGAAGUCCACUAGGGAUUUUGUUCCUUUUUCUGAACUUCCAACUACUCCCUCUGGUGGAUUUUUUCAGGGUAUUUCUUUCCCUGAAAUCUCCCCCCGUCCUCCUUUGGGCAGGACUGAACUACAGGCAGCUAAGAAAGUACAUACUUCUAAGAGAGACCCACCUAGGGAACCUCUUAUUGCCACAACCUUGCCUGGCAGGGAACAGUUGCAGAAGUUAGCCUCCGGAGGGAAUUUGUUUAUUUCCUCCCAUUCUAGUCAUGAUAGAGGUUUAGAGAAAAGUUCUUCAACAUCUUCUCAGCAUGAACUCGCUGCCACUUUGGUCUCUGCUGCAGCUUUUCCUUCACUGAUUAAAGAAACCACCACUACUUGUUAUAAAGACAUAGUAGAAAAUAUUUAUGGUAGAGAGAAAAGUGGAAUUCAACCAUUAUUUACUGAGAGGUCCCAUGGUUCAAGUCAGUCGAUUUUCUCCAGUGAAAGGAAAACACUAGAAGAGUCUGAGAGAUCACAAGUAAUUUCUCCACCACUUGCUCAGGCAAUCAGAGAUUAUGUCAAUUCUCUGUUGGUCCAGAGUAGGGUAGGUAGUUUGCCUGGGACUUCUAACUCUACACCCUCACUGGAUGUAGAAAACAUACGCAAGAUAAUUGAUCAAUCUAAUUUUCAAGAAACUGAAUCCCAGUCUCCUCCACGAAAAUUGCCUAGACUCAGUAAAAAGUCAGCAGAAGGAAAGGAUUCAGGUUCCUCUGUGGCAUUUCAAAAUAUGCGUGAAUCUGAAUCAAUGUCUUCUUUUGCCAAAACUGUUGUCUCUCAUUCACUUGCUGCCUUAGGCAUAGAAAUGCCUAAGAAAACACAGCAUGAUAAAGUAGAUGCCCCAGAACUCUCUUUUCCUUUUCAUGAAUCUAUUUUAAAAGUAAUUGAAGAGGAGUGGCAGCAAAUUGACAAGCAGCUGCCUUCAUUGGCAUGCAAGUAUCCAAUUUCUUCCAAAGAGGCAACACAGAUAUUAUCAGUUCCAAAAGUAGAUGAUGAAAUCCUGGGGUUUAUUUCUGAAGCCACUCCACCAGCAGGUAUUCAGGUACCUUCAACUGAUAAACAGUUGGACUUAGCACUUUGUAGAGCUUAUGAAGCUGCAGCCUCAACAUUGCAGAUUGCAACCCAUACUGCCUUUGUAGUUCGGGCUAUGCAGGCUGACAUUAGUCAGGCUGCACAAAUUCUUAGUUCAGAUCCUAGUCAUAUCCACCAGGCACUUGGGAUUCUGAACAAAACAUAUGAUGCAGCCUCAUUUCUUUGUGAAGCUUCAUUUGAUGAAGUAAAGAUGGCUGCCCAUACCAUGGGAUCUUCCACUUUAGGUCGCCGUUAUCUCUGGCUGAAGGAUUGCAAAAUUAAUCCAGCUUCUAAGAAUAAACUGGCUGUUACUCCCUUUAAAGGUGGAACAUUAUUUGGAGGAGAAGUAUACAAAGUAGUUAAAAAGCGUGGAAAUAAACACUAAUAAAGUUAAUAAAGAUGUCCAUCUUAUCUUUAAUAUUGGGAAGUUAGCAGAUUUUCUAGGAAUUUUAAAUUACUUUUAAACCAAAAAAAAAAAGUCUCUCUAGUUUCUAGAUGGUGUUCAUUUCAGUGUUAAGCUUCUAUCCAUCAAAUUAUAGUUAAAAGUAAUUGUCAACAUAGAAUUGUCUUUCAAAAAGUUGCACAGAUAGAAAGCCUGAUAUAAUUUAAAGCUUUGUAGAUCACAUUUAUAUCUCAAAUCGUUCACUUUUUUCCUAUUUUACCUAAGAUUUUGCAACUCUUCAAAACUAAGAACAUUCUGUUAACUAGCAUAACAGAGUCUUCACUAGUCUUAAUACCUUGUUACUUUCUACAUUUUUUCUUUUAUUUUCUCACUUUUGUGUGUUUUUUACUUCUGUCUACAGUGUCAUUCAUAAUAUCCUAGAUCAGUGCAAUUAAUGUGCCAGUCUGUAAACUGUUAGUGAUCCACAGACAAGAUAAGCAUGCACCAAAAUUUGAAUUUAGAAACACUUUUUAGGUCAAUGACAGGAUUUAUUUUUUUUGGUAAAAUUUUAUUGAUAGAGAAAACUCUGUGUUGACCUACAUUCUGUUGUAAGUGCCUCAUCAAGGACUAGUAGCAAUAGUUCGUGGACCACACUGUGAGAAAUACUGCUCUAGACCAUAAUACUCUAGGAUAGUGUAUUCUCACCAUCACUGUAGUUUCUAGAUGAACUAGACACUGGAAAGAUGGGGCUUUUAAAGCAAAACUUGCAAGGUAUGUUAUAGUUCAAAGAUUUAAUCUAAAUUCUAACAGCAAAUUUAAGGUAGUUGGUUUUUGUUUUUUUAAGUCAUAAGAAAUCAUACUAUAUCCCAGUGUCUUUUUUUGUCUAUAUAAAACAGUAUAAUACCUUGUGUUUUCAUUUCUGUGAUUGUAAGAUGAGAGAGUCUUAACUGUAGAGGCAUUUGAUAAUUCAAUUUCUGUGUAUUUUUAUGGAAAUAGUAUUAAGUAUAAGCAAAAUAUGGUCCCUUGGGAACACCUAGCCAUAUUCUUAGACUAUACAUGUCCAUCUUUGCAGCUUUCUCGGAGUAAUUUUAU